GCGCGCGUGGAUGACCAGAUCAGGAUCGUUGCGCAAGCACGUCACAGACAAAACGCCUGCUGCGGCGGAUACCCAGGGCACGGCGAACCGCGUCGAGAUCAUGAGGGCCAGGCAGCAGCAUUGGGAAACACAUUGGACUGACAAGGUGGACAUCACGGAAGAUCUACUGCACGAGUUGUCGGGGUGCCUCGAGAGG